GCUCCAGCCAAAAUGGCGCCGCCGCUCUGCCCGCCCCGCGCGCCCCCGGCGGCCACCCAGCCCGCGCGCGCCCUGUGGAGCGAGGACGCCGGGGACGCGGCCGGGGACGUGCGCGCCUGCGCGAGGGCGGGCGGCGGGGACGCGCGCGCGGCGGGGGCGGGUUCUGCUGAGUGCUGGGCUGCAGCCGCCGAGCCGGACGUGUUGGCGAAGAUGGCGGGCCGGAGCAUGCAAGCGGCAAGAUGUCCGACAGAUGAAUUAUCUUUAACUAAUUGUGCAGUUGUGAAUGAAAAGGAUUUCCAGUCUGGCCAGCAUGUGAUUGUGAGGACCUCCCCCAAUCACAGGUACACAUUUACACUGAAGACACAUCCAUCAGUUGUUCCAGGGAGCAUUGCAUUCAGUUUACCUCAGAGAAAAUGGGCUGGUCUUUCCAUUGGGCAAGAAAUAGAAGUCUCCUUAUAUACAUUUGACAAAGCCAAACAGUGUAUUGGCACAAUGACCAUCGAGAUUGAUUUCCUGCAGAAAAAAAGCAUUGACUCCAACCCUUAUGACACCGACAAGAUGGCAGCAGAAUUUAUUCAGCAGUUCAACAACCAGGCCUUCUCAGUGGGACAACAGCUUGUGUUUAGCUUCAAUGAAAAGCUUUUUGGCCUACUGGUGAAGGAUAUUGAAGCCAUGGAUCCUAGCAUCCUGAAGGGAGAGCCUGCGACAGGGAAAAGGCAGAAGAUUGAAGUAGGACUGGUUGUUGGAAACAGUCAAGUUGCAUUUGAAAAAGCAGAAAAUUCAUCACUUAAUCUUAUUGGCAAAGCUAAAACCAAGGAAAAUCGCCAAUCAAUUAUCAAUCCUGACUGGAACUUUGAAAAAAUGGGAAUAGGAGGUCUAGACAAGGAAUUUUCAGAUAUUUUCCGACGAGCAUUUGCUUCCCGAGUAUUUCCUCCAGAGAUUGUGGAGCAGAUGGGUUGUAAACAUGUUAAAGGCAUCCUGUUAUAUGGACCCCCAGGUUGUGGUAAGACUCUCCUGGCUCGACAGAUUGGCAAGAUGUUGAAUGCAAGAGAGCCCAAAGUGGUCAAUGGGCCAGAAAUCCUUAACAAAUAUGUGGGAGAAUCAGAGGCUAACAUUCGCAAACUUUUUGCUGAUGCUGAAGAGGAGCAAAGGAGGCUUGGUGCUAACAGUGGUUUGCACAUCAUCAUCUUUGAUGAAAUUGAUGCCAUCUGCAAGCAGAGAGGGAGCAUGGCUGGCAGCACGGGAGUUCAUGACACUGUCGUCAACCAGUUGCUGUCCAAAAUUGAUGGCGUGGAGCAGCUGAACAACAUCCUAGUCAUUGGAAUGACCAACAGACCAGAUCUGAUAGAUGAGGCUCUUCUUAGACCUGGAAGACUGGAAGUUAAAAUGGAAAUAGGCUUGCCAGAUGAGAAAGGCCGACUACAGAUUCUUCACAUCCACACAGCAAGAAUGAGAGGGCAUCAGUUACUCUCUGCUGACGUCGACAUUAAAGAAUUGGCCAUGGAGACUAAGAAUUUCAGUGGAGCUGAACUGGAGGGUCUGGUGCGAGCAGCCCAGUCCACCGCUAUGAAUAGACACAUAAAGGCCAGUACUAAAGUGGAAGUGGACAUGGAGAAAGCAGAAAGCCUGCAAGUGACAAGAGGAGACUUCCUUGCUUCUUUGGAAAAUGACAUCAAACCAGCAUUUGGCACAAAUCAAGAGGAUUAUGCAAGUUACAUUAUGAACGGUAUCAUCAAAUGGGGUGACCCAGUUACUCGAGUUCUAGAUGAUGGGGAGCUGCUGGUGCAGCAGACGAAGAACAGUGACCGCACACCAUUGGUUAGCGUGCUUUUGGAAGGCCCUCCUCACAGUGGGAAGACUGCUUUAGCUGCAAAAAUUGCAGAGGAAUCCAACUUCCCGUUCAUCAAGAUCUGUUCUCCUGAUAAAAUGAUUGGCUUUUCUGAAACAGCCAAAUGUCAGGCCAUGAAGAAGAUCUUUGAUGAUGCGUACAAAUCCCAGCUCAGUUGUGUGGUUGUGGAUGACAUUGAGAGAUUGCUUGAUUAUGUCCCUAUUGGCCCUCGAUUUUCAAAUCUUGUAUUACAGGCUCUUCUUGUGUUACUGAAAAAGGCACCUCCUCAGGGCCGGAAGCUUCUUAUCAUUGGGACCACAAGCCGCAAAGAUGUCCUUCAGGAGAUGGAAAUGCUUAAUGCUUUCAGCACCACCAUUCAUGUGCCCAACAUUGCCACCGGAGAGCAGCUAUUGGAAGCUUUGGAGCUUUUGGGCAACUUCAAGGAUAAGGAGCGCACCACAAUUGCACAGCAAGUCAAAGGGAAGAAGGUCUGGAUAGGAAUCAAGAAGUUACUAAUGUUGAUCGAGAUGUCCUUACAGAUGGAUCCUGAAUACCGCGUGAGAAAAUUCUUGGCCCUCUUAAGAGAAGAAGGAACUAGCCCCCUUGAUUUUGAUUGAAAAUGAACUAUUUGAAACACACAGUGACCAAGGGAAGUGACCAAGGUGAAGAUGGCCUGGGAUCUUCACCGUCCUCCUCAAGAUACCGGACUAAGUGGAACGUUCUCUACCUUCAACACAGGCUCGCUCUGCAUGAUUAGUGCAAUAAAACUCCCUUCUUUAUGCUUACUGAGAUAGCUUAGUGUCUUGUGGAGGUGUAAACUUGGUUUAGAAUGCUGCACUUACCUUUCCAUGAAGGCUAAAGUGAUCCUUCUUGCUCAGUCCCUCUUUGUAGGGACCAUCAGUACUUGUGGACACUACAUGUUUCAAGCUCUCUCCAGCACCAUCACCCCUGCAAACUCGCAAUCAGUCUAUUGAAUGUUGCAUGACAACAGUUGGCUAAUUAGAAGGCAGACUUUCCACAUGCAGACCUGGCUCAGUAAAUCGAGGUGUGGGCCAGAGAUCCUCUGACAGUUGUCCUGAGCUAACACUAGAGCUCGCUGGGUAUUUGGUUAAAUGUCUCCCACAAGACUGGUUAUUCUCUUUGCCUGAAGAAACAUGGCAUUGCAUCUCUCAAAUCCUGUUCCCAAUCAUUGUCAGAGAUGUUUUCAAGCUGCAGUCAGAUCUUUCUCAGUAGAAUGUCAGUUGACUACAGUGUUGACUGUGACUUCCCCUUAGUAUAACUAAUUUGCUCUGUGGUAAGAGAUAUGCUAAUUAUUACCACUUAGUAGAUGUUGUUAAAAACAUGAAAGAUUAGGUAUGGAAAAAGCGUACACCCCCAAACAGAAAGGAGUUAUUAAUUUAUAAACCCCUCAGCACUAAUUAGUGUCCAACUCCAAGUGGGUCACUUCCUUAGCAUAAUAUUGAUGCUUAUUAGUAUCACUGCUUUUUUCCUUAGCUUAAUGACUUACUUAGAAUUUAUCCUUUAUUUUAAAUGAUCUGUACUAUUUACUAUCUAAAUAAAACACUAUUCUCCAGAAAAAUCAACCAUUUUCUAGCCCUCUCCCCUCAAUCCUUUAUUGUCCAUUCCAAUACAUUGAGCACAUUUCCUUUACCCUCCACAUACUUCUUCCAAAAGGAAGCACCCAUUGAGUCCUUUUGAGAGUGAUUUGUUUUAUAACUAACUGACUUAGCAGGGAUUUAAUUAGGUCAUCAUAUCUGAUGAUGAGACUUACAGAGCGUGCCUCUCUCCCCAUUGCUGCUUAAAAUGCAAGGACAGGCGAUCAGAAGCCAUCCUAAAGUGCUUACACCACACGCCGCCCAUGAGGCUUGUGGCCACAGUCGCACUUGGAUGUCGCUCCUCUGUCAUUUGUCCCCAUUUGAGAAAGCACAUCAUCUCCAGAUCUUGCCGUUUGUACACUUUUGGUGGAGACUUGUAUGGCAUUUCUUCUUUGUUUUGGGUUUUCUUCUCUGGCUUAUUUUGUGGCUUUUAAAAAGUGGAUUGUACUGUGAGAGUCUGCGAUUCCUGGUGGCCAGUAUCCUGGAUUCCGCUAAGAUCUUGCCUCUUUCCUCCUCAUGAAAGCAGCACACAUUGUGUUAACUUCUGUCUCUUGUUAAAUGAGCUUAAUGUCUUUGUGUUUUGUCCAAAACGAUAUUGAAAAAUAUAAAUAUAAUAUUGUUUAAUGCAAAUGAAGGAAUGCAAUAAAGAGUAAAUAUACUUGAAAA